CACUCCCUGCCCUCUGCCGCACUCCAGAGCUCACUUGGCGCCUCACCAUGGCCUACAUCGCCAAGUCCUUCUACGACCUGACCGCCAUCAGCCUGGACGGGGAGAAGGUAGAUUUCAACACGUUCCGAGGCAGGGCGGUGCUAAUUGAGAACGUGGCCUCUCUCUGAGGCACCACCAGCCGGGACUUCACCCAGCUCAACGAGCUGCAAUGCCGCUUCCCCAGGCGCCUGGUGGUGCUCGGCUUCCCUUGCAACCAGUUUGGACAUCAGGAGAACUGUCAGAAUGAGGAGAUCCUCAACAGCCUGCAGUACGUCCGCCCCGGGGGUGGGUACCAGCCCACCUUCACCCUCGUCCAGAAGUGUGAGGUCAACGGGCAGAACCAGCAUCCUGUCUUCGCCUACCUGAAGGACAAACUCCCCUACCCUUACGACGACCCAUUUUCCUUCAUGACCGAUCCCAGGUUCAUCCUCUGGAGCCCCGUGCGCCGCUCAGAUGUGGCCUGGAACUUUGAGAAGUUCCUCAUUGGGCCAGAGGGAGAGCCCUUCCGGCGCUACAGCCGCACCUUCCCCACCAUCAACAUCGAACCGGACAUCAAGCGCCUCCUCAAGCUUGCCAUAUAGGCCGUGAUGAGCGGCUCCUCCAUCCAGCCCCUCAGCAGCUUCCCUAGAGAGAGGCUGCAAGACCCAAGCUUUCCCUUGACCGCAGACCCCGUCUGCCUCCC